AUGAGCCAGAACAAAUGCAACAAGCCUACAUCGUCAGGUUCGGUCCAGGACGCAGAUGAAGAGACCACAGUUUCCGCAGGAUCUGCUAGUCCUGUCUCUACUAGUACUGAGGACGAGUCUCAACAACAAGCACAGGAUAUCCCAGUGAUACCAGGAUGGAAGCCAGAGUGGGUUGAGCGCCUGAAGCAGCUAGGAGAUAGCUUGGUGUGGGAUUAUGAUGAGAACAGGUACAAUUUUUCGUGGCACUACUUCCUCGGGAAACUCCAGGAAGAGGAUGUGGAUUUUGUGGAUUCUCACCCCGACAUGAACUGGAGGCGCCUUUCUGAAAUCUACUACGAGUACUGGCCCCGCCAGCUAGACACAUCUGGAUCUGAUGGAGAGGGCGAGACCGACCCAGCUGACGACCCGGACCCAGCUGACGACCCGGACCCAGCUGACGACCCGAACCCAGCAGCUUGA